AUGGUGCUCUUAUCACUAAUCGGGUCUGCAUCUUUGACCUCGAUAAUCUUGGUUGGCUUGUGCUUUGGCGCAACGACUCUGGCCUUCUACCGUCUAUUCAAACACCCUAUUACCAAGAUACCUGGCCCAACAAUCUGCUGCUUGACUUCGUUAUGGAUGCACUAUCACAUAUACAUCGGCGACGAAGCCACUCGUAUCACCGAACUACACAAGAUCUACGGUCCGGUAGUUCGGGUCGCGCCAAAUGAAGUCUGCAUCGCGGACGGUGCCGCUAUAGCACCGAUAUACGUCGAGAAGGGAGGCUUCCCGAAAGCAGAAUGCUACCGCAACUUUGACAUUGACGGUUUCGCAUCCUUGUUCUCGGAAACAUUCAAGCAGAUACGCGCUCCCAAGGCCAAAAGUGUCAUGCCCCUUUUCAGCACCACAAACAUCAGGAAAAGUGAGCAGCUGUUGACCGCAGCGGUAGGACAAUUUGUCGCAAGGCUGAGAAGAGAGCGAUCCAAAUCGAUACUAGUCGAUGGCAAUGUCGAUAUACUGGUUCUCACACGUGGCCUGGCCAUAGAUGCUGUCAGUAGCUAUCUGUUUGGGAAAAGCUACGGCGCAUUGGAUGAGGACGUGGAGCAACGUUCCGCCAAGUCAACUGAUGGCAAAUCGAACUUGAGUGCAGGUAAAUUCGUCGACGCAUUUGUGGGCGUGGGACGUUUCUUUUACUUGCCGAACUGGAUCUUCCUCCUAACAGAGCUACUUUCUGAGAAACUGUAUGGAACCCAAGAAACAGAGGAGAGCAUGUCCAAUGUGGAUCGAUUUGUCACAGGUGUUGUCAAAGAGGCACAGGCUGGUGAUGGCAGUUUCCCGGGAUGCAUGCUACAAGCAGGUCUUACACCCAAGGAGGUCGCGGCCCAAUGCAAAGACCUUCUGUUUGCUGGCACUGACUCUACCGGAAUGAAUCUCGCUACCUUCUGUUGGCAACUGGCCCGCAAUCCUGACGUGUACACGGUCUUGAGAUCCGAAAUCACGGACGCACAUGCCAAAAAUCCUUCUGGAUUCGAUCCAAUGACUUUGCCAUACCUACGUGCUUGUGUUCGCGAGGCACUACGUCUCAGCAUGGCAAAUCCAACCCGUCUUCCGCGGGUGGUUCCCUCACUAGGGUGGACAUUUCACAGUGAGGGCCAAGCCCACCACUUCCCUGCAGGAACAAUUGUCUCAGUGCAGAUGCUCACUCUCCAUCACAAUCCUACAAUCUUCAAAGAUCCAUACUCGUUCCGUCCGGAGCGCUGGUUGGAUACGCCGAAAGAAGCGCUGCAGCUCAUGUUACGAGACUUCAUCCCUUUUGGGGCUGGCAGUCGUCAAUGUAUCGCGCGUAAUUUGGCCACGCUCGAACUCACGCUGGCUGGUGAGGCUCUCAUUGCUGAUGGUGUGCUCGAGGGAGCGCGGGUGGUGCACGACAAACUGAAUCUCAUCGAGUGGUUCAAUUCUCAUGUGAAGGGAGAUUCAAUAAUGUUAAAUUGGCAACCUGAUAACAGCAAGCAGUGCCUCUGA